AUGGAACUCAAGCUGGUCCGCGACGCCGAUAGCUUUCGACCGUCCGCUCUCGGCGCGCCGGGGCGAGUGCACGAGGAUAUCCUCUGUGGGCGGGACACGGAAAUCAGCUGGGAGGAUGUAUAUAAUGGGCAAGACGGGCUGCGGUUGUCGAGCGGCGGAGACGGGCAAGGGGUCGGGUGGAUGGAGGAGAUGGAGCGGAAGGUAGGCAUGGGGAAGUGGUGA